UCCCGCCCUUGUUUUGUUUGGACGGGGGAGGUGGGGGAGCUCUUCCCUGAUCGAGGGCCCUGCGUCCCAGCGCGCCUGCGCCAGCGUCCUCCCGCCCGCUCCGAUUGGCUAAGGUCUUGCGCAUGCUCCCGAGGCCCGCGGUGGGCCCCGCUGUCCGCUCCCGCCCUCCCCCUCACCCCACUCAGCGGUUUUCGGAGCCGGUUCGAAAGAUGCCGGCGGCGGUGACUGGCUGUGGCGAACCCGCCCCCCGGGUUCUCCGCCCCCGCCGCCGCCAUUACGGAGCUCCCAGCGGUUGAUUCUUCACCACACUGAAACCAUUAGGAAAAAUCCUUGUGGUUAACAGCAGAGGCUUCAGAGUGUAACCUGUACUCGGGCCUAGAAAUUAUUUUAAAUGGCGACUGAUACGUCUCAAGGUGAACUCGUCCAUCCUAAGGCACUCCCACUUAUAGUAGGAGCUCAGCUGAUCCACGCGGACAAGUUAGGUGAGAAGGUAGAAGAUAACACCAUGCCGAUUCGUCGAGCUGUGAAUUCUACCCGGGAAACUCCUCCCAAGAGCAAGCUCGCUGAAGGGGAGGAAGAAAAGCCAGAACCAGAUGUAAGUUCAGAGGAAUCUGUCUCCACUGUAGAAGAACAAGAGAAUGAAACUCCACCUGCUACAUCUAGUGAGACAGAGCAGCCAAAGGGGCAACCUGAGAAUGAAGAGAAAGAAGAAAACAAGCCUUCUGAGGAAACCAAAAAGGAUGAGAAAGAUCAGUCUAAAGAAAAGGAGAAGAAAGUGAAAAAAACAAUACCUUCCUGGGCUACCCUUUCCGCCAGCCAGCUAGCCAGGGCCCAGAGACAAACACCGAUGGCUUCCUCCCCACGUCCCAAGAUGGAUGCAAUCCUAACUGAGGCCAUUAAGGCAUGCUUCCAGAAGAGUGGUGCAUCCGUGGUUGCUAUUCGAAAAUAUAUCAUCCAUAAGUACCCUUCUCUGGAGCUGGAGAGAAGGGGCUACCUCCUUAAACAAGCACUGAAAAGAGAAUUAAAUAGAGGUGUUAUCAAACAGGUAAAAGGAAAAGGUGCUUCCGGGAGUUUUAUUGUGGUCCAGAAAUCAAGAAAAGCACCUCAGAAGUCCAGAAACAGAAAGAACAGGAGCUCUGCAGUGGAUCCAGAACCACAAGUAAAAUUGGAGGAUAUCCUCCCACUGGCCUUUACCCGCCUUUGUGAACCUAAAGAAGCUUCCUACAGUCUCAUCAGGAAAUACGUGUCUCAGUAUUACCCUAAACUUAGAGUGGACAUCAGGCCUCAGCUGUUGAAGAAUGCUCUGCAGAGAGCAGUAGAGAGAGGCCAGUUAGAACAAAUAACUGGCAAAGGUGCUUCUGGGACAUUCCAGCUGAAGAAAUCAGGGGAGAAACCCCUGCUUGGUGGAAGCCUGAUGGAAUAUGCAAUCUUGUCUGCGAUUGCUGCCAUGAAUGAGCCGAAGACCUGCUCCACCACUGCUCUGAAGAAGUAUGUCCUGGAGAACCACCCAGGGACCAAUUCUAACUAUCAAAUGCAUUUGCUGAAGAAAACCCUACAGAGAUGCGAAAAGAAUGGGUGGAUGGAACAGAUCUCUGGUAAAGGAUUCAGUGGCACCUUCCAGCUCUGUUUUCCCUAUUACCCCAGCCCAGGAGUUCUGUUUCCAAAGAAAGAGCCAGAUGAUUCUAAAGAUGAGGAUGAAGAUGAAGAUGAGUCAUCAGAGGAGGACUCUGAGGAUGAAGAGCCACCACCUAAGAGAAGGUUGCAGAAGAAAACCCCAGCCAAGUCGCCAGGGAAGGCUGCAUCCAUGAAGCAGAGAGGGUCCAAGCCUGCACCUAAAGUCCCAGCUGCCCAGCGAGGGAAAGCUAGGCCCCUGCCCAAGAAAGCCCCUCCUAAGGCCAAAACUCCUGCCAAGAAAGCCAGACCCUCACCCCCAGUCAUCAAAAAACCUAGUGGUAGUUCUUCAAAGAAGCCUGCAGCCAGUGUGAGAAAGGAAGUGAAAUUGCCUGGCAAGGGCAAAUCCACCAUGAAGAAAUCUUUCAAAGCAAAAAAGUAAAUUUUAUACGAAGAAAGGGUAUCAUGAUGAAACUCAAAAUCUUAUUUUCUAAGGUCAGUGUGCAUUUGUUUUAGUUUGAUGCUUUUAAAAUUACAUUUUUUUCCUCCCCUAUGAACGUUAUGGGGAGGGAAUAUAAAUAAACCAGUUUAGCCAUUUGUUAGCUUUAGGUGCUCUUCUUGGUGCCUGCCCCUCCCCCCGCACCCUCCCUCCCAGUCAUUUUAAUUUCUGCGAUAAUUCUGGACUUCCCUGAACUGUAUAAUCUAUACUUGUCCUUUUUUCUCCCCCCACCCCAAUCCUCUUUCUUUUUUUAUGGUCAGCUUUGGCUUUUUUUUUUUUUUUUUUUCUUCCAGUUUUAUCUAAACAGUUGCGAAGAUUUUUAUAUUUGUUAGAAAGCAUCAAGAAUGGGAUGCUAGGUGCUGGAAGUGAAAAGGAGGCAGGCAGUAUAGCACUGGCUAAAUCAUGAAGCCUCCUGCCUGGAGACUUCAGUUAUAGCUAUAAUAACUAAUCUUAUUUAUAAAACCACUCCACUAGCCCUUUCUCUCCAACUAUAAACACAGAGAUGUCUUAGCUUUGGGAAUAGGCCAAAAACAUUAUGAUUUCAUUCAAUUCUGAAGAUGCACGACUCCUUUGGGCCACUUUUCACAUUGAUCAAUUUCUAGGUAUUUUUCAUUGGCCCCUGGGCAUUGCAUUCCCUCAAUAGCAAGCACAAGAUCUCUCCACCACUUGGUUUUUGACUGAAGGGGAAAUACAGGAACAUAACUGAAUUUGUGAUUUCUGGUGUCACCUGUGUUACCAAAAAUCAAAACAUAUAAAAUCUUCUUGAUCAAAUGUUUAAAUAUAUUUUUUAAUAUUUGGAGCAUGAGUUGUCACUUCCUCUUUGCCUUUUUUAUUGGAGAGUUACACCAUUGCUAAUGUAGAAAUGUUAAGUGGAAAAACAUACAAUUUGCUAAAAUAAACUGUGGGUUUUUUCCCCUUCUUUCUUUCCAUAGCACUUUUGAUAACAAGCAAGUGGCUUCCUUUUUGAGUUAUUUAAAAAGAGAAAAGAAAAAACAAAUGAAGCCCGACUACCUAACCCUUUCUUAUUUGUAUUUGUUUUAGUAUUGUGAAGUUGUGUUAAAUAGCACUAGCUUUCUAAGAAAUAUUGAUUUCUGGUUAUCAUUUAUCUUCCCUGUGGCACUUGACAUUUUAAUUGUCUUAAACUUUUUGGUGUACAUCUUCUGGCCCCUUGAGUGCUGCCAGAGGCGAAAGAUGUUUGUUUAAUUCAUUCCAUUUGCAUUGUCUCCUGGGAUCCCAUCUGCAGCCUAAAGUGUGGCUGGGAAUUGGACUUGAGAAGAUUGGCUUGAAUUAGAUCCAUAAUCACGUGUGAUCCCAUCAUGAGUUUAUUGGAAUUUGUGUUGCAUGUAAGGCAAUCUUUCCUGUUGUAAAUCUUCCUUUUUUUAUGUACAUAUAUUUUGAAAAAUAUGAAUAAACAUGAAAUUUUAAAA